CCCAAUAUGAAAGAAGUAGUUCGAACUGAGGUUCUUAAGCUAUUAGAUGCAGGCAUUAUCUACCCUAUUUCAGACAGUAAGUGGGUCAGCCCCUUUGUCUUUGAUGAUGCUUGUUUAGAGGCUUUUGAGAAGCUUAAGUCAUUACUCACUACCGCCCCCAUAGUCCAGGCACCCAACUGGAACCUACCCUUUGAGAUCAUGUGUGAUGCUUCAGAUUAUGCUAUUGGUGUUGUGCUAGGUCAGCGAGAAAAUAAGUUACUUCAUGUGAUUUACUAUACAAAGUUUUCUCCAGACAUUAGAGACAAAAAGGGUGCCGAAAAUGUUGUAGCAGAUCACUUGUCUAGGCUAGUUGUUAGUUCCCCAGAUGAUUCCCUUCCUAUAAGGGAUAGCUUUCCUGAUGAACAAUUGUUCUUUGUUACCCAAUUACCUUGGUAUGCGAAUAUAGUGAACUAUCUUGUUACUGGUCGAAUGCCCCAACAUUGGGGUAAACAAGAUCGUUCUAGAUUUUUAGCCGAGGUUAAGCACUUCUUUUGGGAUGAUCCUUAUUUGUUUAAGUAUUGUCCAGACCAGAUUAUUAGGAGAUGUAUACCUGAGAGUGACCAGUCCAGUAUUAUUUCCUUUUGUCAUGAUCAUGCUUUCGCUGUAGACUAUGUCUCUAAGUGGAUUGAAGCGGUUGCGUGUAAAACCAAUGACCAUAGGGUUGUGAUAGAGUUCUUGAAAGAAAAUAUACUUACACGUUUUGGUACACCGCGAGCUAUAAUUAGUGAUGGAGGGUCGCACUUUUGUAAUGGACCUUUUAGGCUUUUAAUGAAGAAAUAUGGUAUUACUCAUAAGGUAGCUACCCCGUAUCAUCCACAGACUAGU